GUCUGGUGCGUCGUCUCUCUCUCUCUGGCGCCUCGAUCAGGUCCUGCCAGCGCGAACGGGACUGGAUUGGCCGCUGGAACGCAACGGCCGUGGCGGCAGCGGGCGAGGAGCUCCGGAAUCUCGCGAUUCCGGCUUGGUUUUGCUGCGGCGGCGCGAAUCGCAGGGGAAUUCUAGAAUUCUUGUGGAAUUCCAUCCGGCGCGAGGAUUUUGGAGAAGAAGUGGUCCUCACGGAGCUACAUUUUCUAUUCUAGACGGGGAUUGAUUGAUGCUCCUUUGAGCCAAGGGUUUUUUUGUCGGGGAGAACAAACGCUAUGGGCAAGUCUACAAAGUGGCUUGGAAAGUUCUUGGGUGUGAGAAAGUUCAAAUCCCCUCUCAAGGAGAAGGAUAAGUCGUCGUCUCCAGAGGAACACGAUGGCCAGGAGAAAAUUCCUGCCGAUUCUUCCCCAGCUCAGAACCAGGCCCAGGUUUCUCCGGAAGUCAUUGCAGCUCCCACCACCGAGGCCCCAAACGAACCAUUCAAUGCACAGCCUAUAAUUGCAACGCACGAUGGAAUUCCGGAUGGAAUUAUCACCACAGGGAAUGCAGCAGCUAUAAAGAUCCAAACAGCAUUCCGAGCCUUCCUGGUAACGAAGGGUAUGAUGGUGGAUGAUUUUGUCCAGGCCAGGCGAGCAUUGCGGGCUCUCAAGGGCCUUGUCAGGUUGCAGGCCUUGGUUCGAGGACACAGCGUGAGAAAGCAGGCUGCGAUCUCGCUGAGAACUGUACUCGCUAUCGUUAAAGUGCAAGCUCUGGCCAGAGGCCACCGCGUCAGAAGCUCCCAAGGCGGCCAGAGCAUUCAGAAGCAGCUAUGGAAUAAACGACAGGGCAGCUCCGAGGCGGAUCCUUCUUCGGAGCUUAGCGGCAACGAUGCUGUAACAGUUAUAAACGUAGUACGAGCUAAGCCUAGCAAAGCUGAUGUGAGCAAGUUCGAUCAGAAGCUCGUCGCGUACGCACCAACGCAAACCAGGCUGUUUAAAAACCCCGUUAUCCGGCCCGAGUGGACGUGGUUGGAGUUUUGGACAGCUGUGGAGCCUUGGAAGCCUGCCACUGAACCGGCAAGCGUGGCAGAGACCAGCAGCUCCAAGAACGGCGACGUGAAUGGCGACCACGCGCCAGCGUCGAAGAGCUCCGAGAAGCGAUCCAAGGCGGACAGGUCCGUGCCGAGCUACAUGGCGGCCACGGAAUCGGCAAGAGCAAAGGCUCGCGUGAGCAGUCCCGGCACCGCCGCGAGCAGCACGUCACCCGCGGACAAUGGCAAGCUCUCGCCGGCUGCUAUCAAGAGAAGGUUCUCUCUCCCUGGAACGCAUGGGCGGUUUCAGGACCCCAUCACGCAUCCCCGCAGGCUGAGCUUCCCAGUUCGCGCGAGGUGAAAUUGGGGGAAAGAUAUUUGAGGAAUUGUGCAGUGUUGCCGUGUGUGGGUUCCCUUUUUCCUUUUCUUUUGAUAAAUAAAAUGUAAAUCAUUCUAAAGUUAUAAAGGGUUUAA